GACGAUAACUUCCCUGCUAGCUACUGGACCUGCGUAGUCCAUCUUGUUUGCUUAUUUUUACAAGAAAUUUCACGCUGAGCACGAAAUUUGAUGAUAUAUUCUAGUGUAGGAGAAUAGGAUACCAGGAAUAUUGACGAAUUGGGUUGCCAAACAGGAAAAAUGGCGCCUGUCGCCCGAGAUCAGAAGGCCAUUGUGCUGGACCAUAUCCAGUCCAACGAUGUGAUGAUCUUCAGCAAGAGCUAUUGCCCUUUCUGUGUGAAGGUAAAGGAACUCUUCAAUGGUAUGAACAUAAAAUACAAGGCACUGGAACUUGACCUCCAAGAUGAUGGAGCAGAACUUCAAGAAGCCCUUUUAAAGUUGUCUGGACAGAAAACAGUUCCUAAUGUUUAUAUCAAAGGAACUCAUAUAGGUGGAUGUGAUGAUACAUUUGCAGCUAAAUCAAAUGGAAAAAUAAAUCACCUUCUAAAUGUAAACUCAUAUGAUUAUGAUCUCAUUGUGAUUGGUGGGGGUUCCGGAGGCCUUGCUGCUUCUAAGGAAGCAGCUGUACUGGGCAAGAAAGUAGCUGUUUGUGACUUUGUGAAACCGACCCCAAAGGGAACAACAUGGGGUGAGUAUCACAUGUAGAAGAAAAGUAGCCAA